CGCUUCUUUGCUACAGUUUCAGCGAGUAAAGCGGUCAAGUUGGCAACUCUAACAAAACAGCAUUCCCAAGACACCGAUCUUUCCGUAUCAUCCAUUCAGUUGAGAUGCGCAGUGCCACCAUCUCGGACACUCCGAAUAAAACACGCAACAAUUAGCAACCAACCCGGAAGUGACGUAUUGUUUUCCUGCCUACAUGACGACGUGUGUGUGUUUUUGUUUAAUGUGCUAAGGCAACAAAAGUACAACUCAUUUCGUGUUUUAUAAUUUUCAUAACUGAAUCCUCUGUUCUUAACCUGCAGUGUCAAGAAUUCUGAGAUUACGUAUUAUCCUAUGUUGUCUUUCCUGUUUUUGCUAAGUGACCAAUAUUGAGUUCGUAAUACUGUUUUGGAUUAUGGAAUGUCACAGGAACACAACUAGCUUCACAGAUAUUGUGCUUCUUCUUAUCUCAUCCGUACAGUUAGCGUGACAGGAAAUCCAGUAUAAUUGCUUCUAGGACUGCUACACUUAAUGCACUUAGAAUUUCAGCUGUUUCCAGCUUCCAGUCAUACGGAACAUUUUGGGAACAAUAAUGUUUUUUAAGGACAAUUCAGGAUGAUGCGGAUAAUCACGAGAACAAAAUGGCGUGAGAAGUAAGGAUAAGUUAGCAGACCUGAUGAUGACUCCUGGAACCUCCAGCAUGCUGCGUGCGCGUCGACGUGAUGUCAACGUCAAGCCGAACAGGAGGUUGGACCGCAAGUCGUCACGUGGCAUGCUGUAUGAGAACGAGGAGCUGAGGCUGAGGACCAUCAACAUCAACGCUGAAGUGGAGCGAGGCCAGAACGACAUCAAGAAAUUGCGGAGAGAAAACGAGCAGCUGCGGCGAGAAAUCUGGGGCCUGCGGGAAGAGUAUGACCGCCUGGAAGGGCUCCUGGGAAAGGCGAAGCGUCACGGUCAACUCGGCAACACCAGCCAGGACGAGGACUCUGAAAACGAGGAAGGAUGUGAGGAUGAAGACGAGGAAUACGACGAAGAAGAAGAAGAAGAAGAAGAAGAAGAGGACGAUUAAGGGGCCAGCCCGUGCGAGCACUCCGCCGAUCUCGACAAUGCAGAAAACCAACAGAAAGUUUCCUCUUCCUCAAUAAGGAAUCCCGGACAGAGCCGACGUAGUAGUCUGCGAGUGGAGUUCGACGGACUCAGCAUCGUCGAUGAGGAGGCCGAGACAGUUUCCAACGACCUUACUCCUGUCGAGCAGUGCGCAGAAGAAAGCCCGUCCGCACCGCUUGCUUUCCAACAGCUUAAUGCUGUCAAGCCACAAGGCGGGGAAAAAUGUGCGAAGAUUUUAAAUAAUAACCAAGUUAAUAGCGCGUGUUUUAACACACUUAAUGGUAGACACGGUCAAGAACAACAGUUCUUCGGUAAAAUAAAGUUACCUAACGGUAAGGAAGGUGUCUUCAUGAGUGAUGUAAUGUUACCAAACUCUAAUAUAUCAAACGGUUUACCAGUUUACGGCGGUAAUAACCUGAAAGGUAAUUCAUACGAUUGUGGAUCGACAAUUGAGUUUCCUCCAAGUGAUUAUCAUAUUUUAAAUGAAAAUUUAUGGUCUGAGAUACCUGCAAUAUUGCCGGGUGCUCAACAAAACGUGGUUAGCAACGGGUCAGCAAUUUUUCCUCCGUCACAAAGUCAUUAUAACUAUACUUUCACACCUGUCGAUGCAACAUUGUUAUCAAAUGGUACAUCUGUGCAAGACAAUUAUGCCUUUGAAAGUCCGAAAAGUUUCCGUGGCAUUCCAGAAGAUGAAGAAUUGUUGCCAAAUAUUGACACAUGUGAGGCUAGAACUGCAAAUGCAUAUUCGGAGAGAGGUCAAAAUACAGUACUGCAGGAAUGUGGUCUUAAUGAUGAUACAUAUUUUGGAAUGGGUGAAAAUAUUCAAGACACAGCAAAUACAAGUGAUGAUUUGAUGCCGGGUUAUUAUAGAAAAGGUGGAGCAGAUCUGCUUAUAACAGGAGGUUAUCCAGUUACAAGAUCACCUGGUUCGUUUCCUGUCGGUGGAAAUUUGGAUCAAUUAUUGAGACAAAUGAGCAACAAGGAAAGCGAACGUGUGACGUCAGUUCCUGUUACGGAGGUCACUAGUUCUGUUACCGCAGUCGCCAAACAUGAAAGCGAUAGAGAGGAAGUUCCCACUAAGGAUGGCACAGAAAAUGUGCAGGAAGUUAUCGACGCCUUGGAGACCCAGUUAGACUCCAAGCUGAAUGACGCCGUUCGAGGGGUACGGGUGGCGAACGGAAAUUGCUACGUGUGUCUCGCGGAAGAAGACAAUGCAGGGGCCCUGUUGGAAACAGGCUUGAUACUUCGAGGGGCGAAAAUUAAGCUGGAGGAUGUAUCCCACGAUUCGAUAAUAGUCGCAUUUUCCGGCGUCCCACAUGACGUCUCGGACGGCAGCGUCGCCCGCGCCGUCGCCAGCCAUGGAACUGUGAUAGGUGAAGUGGAGCGGAGGUUGUACAAAGGUGUGGACACGGGAGAGAGACUCGUCAGAUUGAAGCCGGCUGAUGCAGACAUAGGAACUAUUCCGUCCACCAUAAAUCUAGGAGGAUCAAAAGCCACUUUAAGGAUUCUGAAGCCAGAAGAAAUAAAGGAGUUAUGUUCAGCGUGGGUUCCCGAAAGCCCGAGCACAACUGGAGCGACUGAAGACGAUAAGAAGACAAGCACAUCAAAAGUAGAAAUCCCAAACGGGGACAGUCCCGCGAAGUCCCUAGAUAGUUCCUUCUCAACUGACAGGUAUCGCUCGCAACUGAAUGUUCGUUUGAAGCUACCUAAUCCGAAAACGAACAGAUCAUUAGAAAAUAUUUUCGAUAGCACGGCUGAUGUAACACAGCAUAACACGUCCCUCCCAAUUAUAGACGCACGCGACACUGCUUCUGUAAAAGUAGCUCCUCCAAAAAUUCUCUCGGAAACUACACUGUCAGAACCUCGAAACAAAAAGUCCUCAUGUGAAAGGCGUUUUAAUUUUGAUACUUCAGGGUCUGCCUUGUCCCACAAAUUACCAUAUCAGCAACAAGAAGAAUUAACACAUGCCCCAUCCGACCAUGGUACAAGGCCUAAGGAAAUUGUCACAGAAGUUUGCAGUCAAAAAUCCAAAGAACCAGAGGUUCAUCAACUUGUAGGAAAAAACAAAGUCCUGAAGACGCAUUCCCCGAAACAAUUCCAAUCAUCUCCAGAAAUUGCAAGAAACCAUGUCCCUAACAUCUUCUCAAAACUUCCACAUGGGAAAUUCAAAUGUCAGAAUCCACAGUUUUUCAGUACUACAGACGAAUCCACAGAGUCUGUAGGCUUGAAUCUAAAAACCUCACCUAAUUUACAAAAUAAUCCCUUCAUGGGAAAUACUGGAACAUUAUCUUGUUCUUCUAGGAACCCAAUUACACCUACACAAGCCAAUCCUUUCAUAUCAAGCACUCCAAAUCCAGAUCAAGGAAUUGUUUUCCAGGACUUUACUCCUCACGAUGAGCAAAGGUCUCAGUGCCACAAUUCUCAACAUUUUCCCCACUUUCAAAGUUCAUCGAAUCUUCCACCCGACUUAAAAAUCCUAACGUCAUAUGAUCAUCAAAGACAAUUCUUUCUGCCACUCGGCACGAGUAAUUCCAGAGCAUGUAGUCCUUAUUCUCAUAUAAAUGCAUCUUAUUCACACAAUACUCAACCAUCGAACAUUGCAUUUAUAAACAAUGAAGCGGUUUAUAUGCCAAACUCAACCCCUGCUUCUUUUUCAGGGACCCCAUCUUCCUUCCCUAUUAACAUCGCACCUUUCUCGUCAAAUCAGUCAGCAGUUUCGUUAGGAAAUAUCCCCACCUCAAGUUUACAACAAAAUAACAUCUACAAUAACCCUGGUUAUUAUCCUAAUACCCCGAUACAUAACUACACGACGCAAGUGUCCCCAACAAACACAAUUGUAUCUGGAAGUACAGGAUAUUUUGUAUCUAACGGAACAAACACCAAUGUACCUUCAACUACACAUGUGCCAGGUAACAUGACUGUGUUAGUCCCAAAUCCUCUGUCGAUUCCUGACAGUGCAGAAUACGUUGCCAUGACAUCGGAUCUCCCUUCUAAUGCACACACUGGAAGUUCUUGUAUGGUUCAGUCUGCAAGUUUUUCAGCGCCAGAUGCGUCGUCUCCAGACGCAUCAAAUUUUCCAUCGUCUCAUCAAAAUUCAGAUCUAUCCCAAGAACCGUUGGGACACCACUCACAAAACCUUGUAAGUGAUGAAAACAAGGCAGGGGAGGAACAGAGUGACGUGACAGAAAAGACAUUGGAUGUGCCCAGAACGCCAUCUACUAGUCUGCCUACUUCCCCAGUGCCAGUUCGGAAACUGACAAUGCAGAGAAAGUCAUCCAGAAGAUCUAGCGUAAUGUCUCGUCAGCAGAGUAAAUCUAGCGGUGAUGAAGGGCCGAAUAUUACUCCACCAACAGCACACAAACACACGAAUGUGAAUCCAACGUCAACAUCUCCAGGAGCUGCUAGGGGGAAGCUUUCUCGGAAAGUCAGCUGCACUAACUCAAUUGGGAGUCAUCACAAUGCAGACAACUCCAUUAAUGAGAGUUCGGCAGGAUCCACUGGUGGACCAAACGCAACUUCAUCACCUAACACGAAACACAGAACAUCAAUAGUGCAUCAAAGGAAGACGGGUGCUGGACUCACGGGCGGCGUUGAUGCGUCUGGAGGCGGCCAUGCGAAUGCCAUUGACGUCAGCCGAUCCUCAAGUUCAGGUCAGGACUCGCCGACAAAACCCGACAGGAGACGAAGAGUGUCGAUUUACUUCAACAAUAAGAAAGGUGGGUUAAAAAGACGAGAUUCUUACGUUCCAAACGGUGGCAGCGCCCAUAGCGGUGGAAUUCUAUCUCGUACCUCAUCUCUGGACCAUUCACACUGCUACGCUGGAGGGUCCAUGACAGACGUCACUGCAGCUCAUUGCGCAGGCGCAGAAACAACCACAACCACAUGCAGUGAACGUGAGCGAACGAACAGUGUUAGCAGCAGAACAAGUAGCGCAGCGGGGGGCCAUGCAACUAACAAAACGCGGAAACACAGUGUCUGCAGCAAUCGAGGGGGCAGUGGAAGUGACGUGGGAAAAGUUCCGUGGUGUGGGUGUUGGGGAAACGGGUGUAUCUAAUAAUUAACGUUUACUAAUUCCUAUCUGAUUCACGUAAUUAAUUUCUAUCCAUCUUUUAUGUUCUCCAGACAUGGAUGUUAAUACGAACCUUGCAAAACUUUAACGUCUUUUGUACUACGCAGAUAUUUCUGGCACCUGAUGGUACACAUUUUGUUACAACAUUGCAUUACUGAACGUGGUGUGUAAGACUAUAUAGAAAAUAUAUUUUAAAAUAAUAUGAAAUAGUUAUAUUUGUAUAUAAGCAUUUUGCAAAACAUUACUGACAACACAAGCAUUUAGCAUGCGAGACAAGACAAUAAUGUUAGGCAUAAAUAGACAUUAAAUACUCCAUAUUAUGUUGUAUAUCUGUAAAAAUAAUCAUAAUAUAUAUAGAAUUAUUCGAAGAAAAGGCUGUUAUUGAAGAACGUGAGAAGGAGGUAAUAAA